UGUGACCAAUUGCAAUGGAUCUCCACUCAGGAUUGUGUUGUGGAUACCGGCAACAUUUAUAGAACUUUCCAGGAUAUGUUACAAAACAUAAUAUCAAAAUUUGGGAUCUCCUCCCAUCACAUGGCGCAAGGUUCAAGCAAAGGAAAAGAUCUAUCAUCUGCAAAAAUAAUGAGAAUUGUUGCAGACCCAGACUCUAAUAUUUCUGAUUUCCUGACAACGUGUGGGGAUUACCAGCUGUUUCGGUUGACUAAGUUCUAUUGGGACAGACUAGAACAAGCAAUUGAAAAAGGUGUGGAUGGAAUCAGCUCAUUGUUAACGUGCGAGAGCAUUUUCAGUGGACCUGAGCAUCAGAAAGUCACUGAGCUCGAGGAGAAGGGAAACAGAACAGACAGUUCCAAACUUCUCCUUAACCUGGUGAUGGAGAAAGGCUCUCGGGCGCGAAGAGUGAUGUGGGAAUCCUUUGUAAAAAUGCGCCAAGGGGUCCCAAAGUUGCAUAAAAUUUUAAAGGAAGUACAGGAACUUGGUUCUGACCUAUUUGAUAACAUGAAUAUUUCACAGGCUUCAUCUGAAAUACCCUAUCACUUGAAAGAUCUUCAGCAGAAACACAAGGAGACACUCCGUGUACAAACUGAAACACUGCGAGUGAGCACUGUUCUCGUAAAGGAGAAGGUGAAGAUUUUCCAGCUGGUUGAUCGCUAUGCUGAGCUAACAGUCAUUUCUGCUGUUCGAGAUCGGAAACUUGUAGAGCAUGAGUUGGUGGCACGAGGUCGAGACCAUGUAAAGUGGAGAGAGAAACAUUUACAGAGAGAGCUGGAAAAGAUCCGAACUGAUCAAUUGUUCCAGAGCAGUUUUUUCCAGAGAAAAUCCCAAACUGGGAGUUCUGCAGUCAUGAGUGGAGUCCCAGGAAUUGGAAAAACAACAAUGGUACAAAAAAUUGUUUAUGACUGGGCCACUGGGAAAAUAUACCCAGACUUUCAAUUUGUUUUCAAUCUUAAAUUCCGGGAUUUAAACAAUAUUAACUGCAGAAUUAACCUGAGGAAUUUGAUACUGGAUCAGUAUCCUUACUUUAGGAAUGUUCUGGGAGAGCUCUGGAAGAACCCAAAGGGUUUAUUCUUUAUAUUAGAUGGUUUGGAUGAAUUCAAGGACCGGAUCAAUUUUUUUGACAAUCAGAGAAAUACAGAACGUCAGUUCGUGUGCACAGAUGCCGAAUGCCAGUGUGAAGUGUCCGACAUUGUGUACGGUUUAAUCCAGCACAAGCUGCUCCCAGGAUGUUCAGUGUUAGUAACCACUCGUCCCACUGAGUUACAUUUAUUGGAAAAGGCUGAGAUCAAUGUCUGGGCUGAAAUCCUGGGAUUCGGUGAUGAGGAAUGGAAGAAAUAUUUCAACAAGUUUUUUGAAGAUCAGAAAGUGGCAGCAGCUGUUUUCAAACACUUAGAAGAGAAUGAGAUCCUUUUUACCAUGUGCUACAAUCCUUCGUAUUGCUGGAUCCUCGGGCUGUCACUGGGUCCGUUUUUCGCAGGAAAAGACAGAAAACAGCAGCAAGUUCCCAGAACUAUCACCCAACUGUAUUCCUGCUAUAUUUACAACAUUUUAGAACACCAUGGCCGGGAAAUUGAAAACCCCCGUGACGUGUUACUGAAGCUUGGUGAGAUGGCCUUCGCUGGAGUUUCUGAGAAGAUCGUGUUUAGAAAUGGAGAUUUGAUCCAGUACAACCUGCAGCCAUCCCAAUUCCUGUCUGGAUUUCUGAUGGAACUUUUGGACAGAGAUGUUUCUGUCCAGAGUGUGGUUUACACAUUCCCACACCUGACCAUCCAAGAGUUUGUUGCUGCACUCGCACAAUUCCUCAUUCCAGAUCCCGGGGACAUCCAGAAACUCCUCAGUGAAGCACACAGGCAGAAAGAUGGGCGAUUCGAGAUAUUUCUCCGUUUUGUUUCUGGUCUUUCAUCCCCACGGUCAGCUUGGUUUCUGGAGAAGUUCUUUGGUCAGUUUCUUCACCAAACAACCCGUCAAGUGAUUGAUUGGAUGAAGAUGUGUUUUGAAAGACAGAUUGAAAAGCCACAGAAUGAAACUAGUAAACGGACCCUCCUGAACAUGUUACACUUGUUUGAAUCUCAGAAUAAAUUACUGGCGCAAGCCACUGUGGGAUCUCUGAAAACCCUUGCAUUUAGUGGAUUGCGACUGACACCUAUUGACUGUGCAGUCCUCUCUCAUGUAAUUGGACUCUGUGAUACUAUAAAACGCCUUGAUCUGCAGAAUUGCUACAUUAAGUGUGAAGACCUCCAGCAGCUUGUAUCCGUGCUGCACAAGUGUCAAGAGUUGAGGUAAUUGCUUGAUUUGUCCGUAGCUCAUAUUUUUAUUGUUGAGAAACUGUUCACUAUGAAAUAA